CGUGAGAUUUAGUAUUUGGUGGCCAUAUUAUUGCCUUCCCGUUGCUCUUAUCAACGAACUGUGCUGUGAUCGAAAAGUCUGAAUUUUAUCAACUUGUUUUUAUUACGGAAAAUUAUUUAUCCAAUAAAGAAAUAACAAUGUCGAACGAUGUAAAUAUGCAAUCUGACAAGCCCGAUGAGGAAGAAAUUGUCGUUAAAGCUGAGGAAGAAGAGGGCAAAUCAUCUGUUGACCUGCAUGCGCAAGAAAGCGGCCCAUCCACAAUUUAUGGUGGCUGUGAAGGACCAAAUGCAAUGUAUGUAAAAUUGGUUAGCAGCGAUGGUCAUGAGUUUAUUGUGAAACGCGAACAUGCAUUAACAAGUGGAACGAUCAAAGCUAUGCUUAGUGGCCCUGGUCAAUUUGCAGAGAAUGAAGCCAAUGAAGUUAAUUUUCGUGAAAUUCCAUCUCACGUACUUCAAAAAGUCUGUAUGUAUUUUACUUAUAAAGUUCGUUAUACGCAUAGUAGCACAGAAAUUCCAGAAUUUCCAAUUGCACCAGAAAUUGCGCUAGAACUGUUAAUGGCUGGAAAUUUUUUAGAUUGUUAAAUAUAAUACUAAAUCUUGCAAUGAUUUAUUUUUAAAUGGUAAAUUUUGUUUUUUUCAUUGCUAUUA